GGAGAUAGCGCAAGCAGAGAAGGAGGCUCUAGCGAUGGCAGCCGCUGCUGCGAGAGGUGAGGAGUACGUUCCCGCUACAGGCAAGAAGGCGCGCAAGAAGACUAUAGCUUUUCCUAAACGGUAUCAAACUGAUAUGGAAAGUAUAUUGGCAGACAAAACGGAUGUCAGGUGGCAGGAGGCUAUACCUUUGAUGAAAGAAAGGUACGCCAAAGAGGAUGGAAGCCUGUCCGAAGACUUCUCAGAGGAUGCACGCCUAAAAUCCAAGCUCACUUACUGUAAAACCAAACUGAAGCAGAAGAAUCCUAGGUCCAUGUUAUAAACAUGCACG